CUCGGUGAAGCUGGAAAGGCGACUUCUGGUGGACAGCCUACCCCUACAUGUAGGCGCAGAGGUCGCGGAGAAGAAACCCACCGCUUCACGUCCUGCUAACAGCCUGAAUGUAGCUCAACUCGACUCAGCCAAAGCUGCAUUUAUUGCAAAUGAUCAAGCGAAAGGAAAUUAUGAGUGAAAACAUCUGGGUGCGGCACACUUUAAAGGAAAAGGCUUCGCUCUGUCGGAGGUCGUACGCAAUUUUGCCUUUUGUAUUUCCUUGCUGAAUGUCGUGUGGACAUUUUGGAUUUUUUUUUUUUUAAUACUCCGUGUCAUUAAAUCUUACCAAGUAAGGACCAUUUUGCUCUUGUAUUCGUCUUCGGUUGGUUUCUUUGAGUAACACAUGGAAGGUAGAUACUUCCAAGUCUGAAAACAAGCGGGGACGACAACGUUAAACAACUUGAGGACGGCUCGCCGAGGAGACUGUGUACUGGGCCAGUUUCGAGUUGCUCUUUAAGUGGGCAACAUUAGCUAGCUGCUAACACUAGCAAAAAAAAAAAAAUCCUACUGAACUACCGUCAGGAAGCUAAUGCCCACUUCUCGAAAUAUUUUUUUGAUAGUAGCACCUCGCCCGUAACCUGGACAUCAACAUCACAUGAGACACUGACUCCACAUUAACUUAGAUAAGCAAAUUGUUGCUGUUGGAUCUGUCAUCUGCCAUCCACUGGGAUCCAGGCGCUUGAGUCCUAAAUGACAAGGGACUGAGGAUGUCCAAGCGGAGCUUGUUUGUUCGUCUGGUGCCAUGCCGCUGCUUGCGGGGUGAGGAGGAGACGGUAACAUCGCUGGACUACUCCCACUGCAGCCUGGAGACUGUUCCUAAGGAGAUCUUUAGCUUUGAGAAGACCCUGCAGGAACUCUACCUCGAUGCCAACCAGAUCGAGGAACUGCCUAAACAACUGUUUAACUGCCAGUUACUACACCGACUGAGCAUGCCAGAUAAUGACCUGACGGUGUUGCCGGCAGCCAUCGCAAACCUCAUCAAUCUCAGGGAGCUGGAUGUCAGCAAAAACAGUAUCCAGGAGUUUCCAGAAAAUAUCAAGAACUGCAAAGUCCUAGCUAUUGUAGAGGCCAGCGUGAAUCCCAUUUCCAAGCUCCCUGAAGGCUUCACCCAGCUCCUGAGUCUGACGCAGCUCUACCUGAAUGAUGCCUUUCUGGAGUUCUUACCCGCCAGCUUUGGCAGGUUGACUAAAUUACAGAUCUUGGAGCUGAGGGAGAACCAGUUAAAGAUGCUGCCAAAGAGCAUUCAGAAACUCACGCAGCUGGAGAGGUUGGACCUGGGGAGUAAUGAGUUCACUGAAAUGCCUGAGGUGCUGGAGCAGCUGACUGGAAUCAAGGAGCUGUGGAUGGACGGGAACAGACUGACGUUUUUACCUGGGAUGCUUGGGAUGCUAAAACAGCUGGUUUACCUGGACGUGUCCAAGAACAACCUGGAGAUGGUGGACGAGCAGAUCUGCGGCUGUGAGAGUCUGCAGGACCUCCUGCUCUCCAACAAUGCCCUCACACAGCUGCCCGGCUCCAUCGGCUCACUGAAGAAGCUGACCGCGCUGAAGGUGGAUGAGAACCAGCUGAUGUACUUGCCAGACUCUGUUGGAGGGCUGACAUCUCUGGAGGAGCUGGACUGCAGUUUCAAUGAGAUUGAAGCCUUGCCUUCCUCCGUCGGCCAGUGUGUCUGCAUGCGCACCUUUGCUGCAGAUCACAACUUCCUCACCCAGCUUCCACCUGAGAUGGGCAACUGGAAGAAUGCAACUGUGCUGUUUCUACAUUCCAACAAGCUGGAGUCUUUGCCCGAGGAAAUGGGUGACAUGCAGAAGCUCAAGGUCAUCAAUCUUAGCAACAACAAGUUGAAGAAUCUUCCUUACAGUUUCACUAAACUGAACCAGAUGACUGCAAUGUGGCUGUCUGAAAAUCAGUCAAAGCCGCUGAUCCCUCUCCAGAAAGAGGAGGAUCCAGAGACGCACAAAACCGUGCUGACUAACUACAUGUUCCCGCAGCAAACCAGGACUGAGGACUACAUUCCCAACUCUGACUCUGAGAGCUUCAAUCCGACUCUCUGGGAGGAACAACGCAAGCACCGAGCUCAGGUGGCCUUUGAGUGCGACGAGGACAAGGAUGAGAGAGAAACACCCCCAAGGGAGGGAAACCUGAAGCGCUACCCCACACCGUACCCAGACGAGCUGAAGAACAUGGUGAAGACCGCCCAGUCUGUGGCUCACAGGCUGAAGGAGGAUGAGUCAAGUGACGAGUCGGGGAAAGAUCCAAAACCGAUCGAGAGGAACCAUAUUGGAGUGCAGGACGUGGGUGUUAAGGUGAUAGAGGCGCCUUGCCCCAACGGUAUGCCGUCAGACAAGGAGCGCCAAGUAUCCGCCCACAAUCCCUCUGCACUGGAAUCAAAAGACACCUCAGACACGUCUUACAGCUCCCAAAGAGUCCCACUCAAAUCCUCAGAGGGCUCCAUGAUGAACCAUGAGGACACACUGGAGGAUUCCGAGGAGCUGUCGGAUGAAGAGGAGGAGAUGAAAAUUGCAGAGAUGAGACCGCCUCUUAUUGAGAUCUCCAUCAACCAGCCUAAAGUAGUGACUUUAAGUAAGGACAAAAAAGACGAUGGGAAAGACGCAGACUCUCUGCUGGAUGACACAGUGGCCAACAGCAACCAGAACAACAGUAACUGUUCAUCACCGUCCCGCAUGUCCGACUCAGUGUCUCUGACCACUGACAGCAGUCAGGACAACUCUCUGUGCACCCCCGAGAGAGAGGCAAAAAUGCCCUUCCUCCCAAAGAGCCGGCAAGAAGAUGAGAAUAUGAACCAGCCUAAAGACACCACCCCUCUCCUCCAUAAUGGUAACGGCUCUGAAACGUCUCUUCAAGCCCUUUUGAAAACCCAGCAGACCCCGCCAGAAAAACUGGGCGACUACGACCUGUCCAUGGAAGCCAGAUUGGCCUUCAUUGAGAAGGGAAUUAACAACGGCAUGGAAAACGCCUACACCAAGUGGGACCAGAUCAAUAUGAACGUGUCCAAGCUGCCGACCGACAACAUGGUUCAGCUGGAUGAGCUGGGCAAAACCAAGAAUGGUUCAGUGGCCCGGGAUGACUUAGACAGCAAGCAGGGUUUUAGCAAUGACAACCUGGAGCAUUUACAGAAUGGAAACCAGCAGGUCAGUGACUGCAUCAAUAGUCUGGGGAACAAAAGUCAAGCCAUGAGAGUGGAGACAUCUGCUGUGCAUGUGGCCUCGACAGGCGUGACAGCCAGCAGUGACAUGUCUCUGUCUCGCAGCACAGAGGAACUGUCUCCAGAUAAAAGGUGCCAUCCCCCACAGGUGAUGAAGUCUCACAGCGUCAGCAACAUAGAAACAGGGGGCAUGAGGCUGUACUCCUUUGAAGGGGACGAUGACUCCUAUGAUACGGCAGCAAUGACGAGGAUGGCAGGAGCCGGUCCGGGCCCAGGAGCUCAGGGCCAGAGCAUAGUCAGGAGCAAGUCAGCCAGUCAGCUACUCAACGAGCAGACUCUCCAGGUCUACCCCAGCUCUUCUGCAUCUUCCUCAGACCUGCUCUCCUCCUCUAAGCCUCCUGCCAGCACCAGCAGAUAUCCAGCCUCCUCCAGCAUGGCCAUGGGCAUCCCUCCUCCUCAGUACAACAUACAGUACACAAGCAGUGCCAUGCCAAAAGACGGCCUCUGGUCCCAGAGAACGCCCAUGCCCCCGGAGCACCAAGGCUACCUCCCUCCUCCUCCUCCUCCACACUCACUAGCCAACACCAACUACUCCAAUCGUAAUCAGGCGCCGCCGUACCCUCUACAGCCGCAGCAAAGGGGGCCUUCCAUGGCUCCCAAACCCAGUGGCGACAUGUGGGCUAAGGAGAGACUUCAUUCUUCUGGCAGCCAGCCGAGAAGCAGCACUCUGCAGAGGCAAAGCAGCACCACGUCCACGGCUUCCAUGGGUGACCCCAGGCGCAUGCAGGUGCCAGAGGGGGAAUACAUGACAUACAGGGACAUUCACACCCUCGCCAGGGGGCCGCUGGCGAUGAGCCAGGCCAUGCAGAGACCCCUGUCAGCUCGCACAUACAGCAUCGAUGUACCCGGAGCUUCCAGGCCUCUCGGCGCCAGGCCGCAACCCCACGAGCUUCCAGAGAGGACCAUGUCUGUCUGCGAUUUCAAUUACCAGCACGGCAGCCCCAGCAAGAGGCCCAACACCAGGGUGAAGUCCGAGCACUCGCUCCUGGACGGCCCUGGACAGGUGUCAGGAGGGGUGGGAGGAGGAAGGGUGCCAGCAGACUGGAGAGACCAGGUGAUGCGGCACAUCGAGGCCAAGAAAAUGGAGAAGGAUGAUGUGUACAGUCCCCAAGGGCAGCAGAGCUACACCCUGGACCCCCACAGAAAAGUGCCUUUGAUGAACGGUCAGAUGGGCUCUUCCGGUCGUCCUCAGAUGAGCCAGGCGCCCAUGGCCCGCCACCCUUCCAGAGAGCAGCUCAUUGAUUACCUGAUGCUCAAAGUCUCCCAGCAGCCCCAAGGGCCCCCACGCAUCCCGCACGACUCGAUGCAGCAAGAGAUGCGUGUGAAAGUGGAGAAGAAUCCAGAGCUGGGUUUCAGUAUAUCAGGAGGAGUGGGAGGUCGAGGAAACCCAUUUCGUCCAGAUGACAAUGGUAUAUUUGUGACAAGGGUCCAGCCUGAGGGACCGGCAUCCAAGAUUCUUCAGCCUGGAGAUAAAAUUAUCCAGGCAAAUGGAUACAGCUUUGUGAAUAUCGAUCAUGGGAAUGCAGUGUCCCUCCUCAAGACAUUUCCAAACACUGUGGAUUUGAUUAUCGUAAGAGAAAUGCAAGCAUAGACUCAACUGAAACUGACCUCCGAAGGGGUGGGGUGGGGGUGCUAUGAGAGGAAAGAAGAAGAAGAAGAGAGACAUUUAUGUUGACUCUCAUAUUUUUAUACACAGAAGAGGCUGAUCUGUUGAUACCUGUUGGGACUAUUUAUACUAGAGAUCUUGGGAGCCUUGAUUAAACGGGGAAAACCACUGAAUGUAGUGGAUCAAAGUGAGACAGCAAUGAACAUCUGCAAGUACGAGUCCUCAAAAGGCCAUCACUGUGGUAUAUACAGUAUAUUUUUAUACAAAAGAAGCUGAAGAUAUGACCUGCUCUGAUGCAAAUAAUUACUGUGGUCUCUGUACAGAUCAUCUUUUCUUUUUUUUUCUUUCUUUUUUUUUUAGUCCAAAACUCAUAAAUCCUUUGUCAUAAAUUGGGAUUUAUUUCUGCGGAUAGACAUGAAUUGACCACUAGGGGGGCAGGGCUCCCUCUCUUCUGUCAUCCACUCUGCCUUUCUUUCUUUUCUUUUGUUUUUUUCUUUUUUUUUAAUUUAAGAUGUUGAAACGAGCGAUCUUAUGUGGAGGACAGUGUUAUGUGCUUUUCAUGUGGAGACGAAUGUAGAUCAAGGUGGUUUUUUUUGAUUUUGUUUUUUGUUUUUUGGAGAGAUUUUUUUCUCUCUCUCUCUCUUCUUGCAAGAUCAAAGAGGUUGAGAAGAGGACAUCAUCCACCCUCUGCUUCCAUAAACCUGUGAAGACCCUCCAGCGUACAGACACCUGUCCUCAGUCCAUCCCAGAUAUCCUCACAGCAACUCACCUGCUCAGCAUAUCACCUGGCCUGACCACUACCUGUGCUGUGUGGGGGAAAAAAAAAUCCUUCGCAGUUUAAAUGAAUCACAGCUUUCAGAUGUUGAAGAAAUGCACUCUGCAUGUGAUCAUUUAGUGAGACUGGAAAAUGGAAUGGAAAUUCAGAUAUUUGGGGAACAUGAGAGUAGAGAAGUGUAUUUGCUCAGCCUUAAUCUGCUUUGCCAGUCAGAAGCUUUUGUUUAAAGGAAUAGUUCGACAUUUUUGGGAAAUGCACUUAUUCACUUCAAGGCAGAUCAUUAGAAGAUUGAAACUACAGGUAGCAGCCGGUUAACUUAAAAGUUAUCACAUAGACAGGAAACUAUGGGUGUGGGGGGGGCAGCUAGCUUAGCUCUGUCAAAAGGUAACACAGUCGGUAUGCUAGUAUCUCUAAAAUCCAGUAAUUAAGAAAAUAAGCUAUGCCAACAAGCGAUUAUGCACAUUUCCUAAAAUGUAAAACUGUUCCUAUAAGCGGAGAAAGGUGUGAGUUGUGCUAGUUAACCAAAGCAAGUUUGGAAGUUGUGGACAGAAGGCAAAAGCAGGAGACGACUAAAGAAAGAUAUUCGAAUAAGAACAGGUCAACGUUUUCACGUGUUUUAUUUUUAAGGGCUUCAUCUCUCAGGCAGCCACUGAUGAGAUGAGUGUUUGUUUGUGUUUUAAGGGGUUUCGGCAUCUGGCAGUUUUAAGUUUUUACAUGGGAGAAGACCACAGUUUGCCUUUUGUGUCUAUACAAAUGUUUUUUCAUGCUUUUUACUCAUCACUUUGGAGCAGCAUCUCAGUCUUUUUGUUUGUUUUCUUUGCUGUACAGAGAAUAGAGUUGGGAGAAGCAAGUUGUCAAGUGCCAUAGACCUUGAACUGUUUGAAUAGGGGAGGACCCCUGACCCCAGAACCCAAGCAAUAUUCACACGUUCACAACCUUUGAGUACAUUUGCAGCAUAAUGGCUUAGAAGCAAUAUUUAAAGCCUUUAUUUUCAUUCAGAAAAGCAACAUCAGAUAGCAUUUUUAAAAAAAAAAGAUACACAACCUUUUAGUAAUCCCUGAUGAUUUUACAUGAUUUUUUUAUUGUGAAAAAAAUCUUUUUUUUUUUUUUUUUUUUUGUAAUGAAAUGGCACAGGAAAUAUGUACGGUAGUGCUAAAGAAAAAAAAAAGAUUUCUCUGCAUUGUGUAAAGGUGAAUGUUUGUGUCACUUUGCCCAAGGCUUUGUACUGUCUGUUGCUUCGAAUACCACAACUCCUGGUGUUCAUUUGUGCAAAAAUAAUCAAGUUACACUGUUGGAAAAACUAAUCCAGUCACAGCUGCAUCUCAGAACUGUGUCGGAGGGAAAAUGUGUGUUUUAAAGGCAGUGUCGUCAAAUUUUACAGUUGCAUGAAAUCAGCCUGUUAAUAUUCAUUCACUGGUAAAUAACUCUUCAGUGAGACGUGUUUCCAAAACAAAUGGAAAUGAGAGAAUUCACACAUCAAGUAAUGACCCCCAUUAAUUCCAGCAGUACAUUUGCGACCACUGAAUUGUUUGUACAAUAUAUAUAAUAGGAUUUUAAUUUUUAUCCCUUUUAAUGACAUUAGUCGUAUUGUUUAAAGUUAGCUGUUGGAAAGUGAAGCUGUACCCUCAAUUUUUAAACUCAAUCUAAAAUUGGUAAAAAUUUUAUUCAAAUGACAAUGUAAUGAGCAUUUUUCCCAAAUGUUUUCACACACAUGUUAUAUUUGACACGGAUGAACUGUUGUUUUAUAUUACUUGUUUUAAUUCUGUUGGUGAUAUCUGUUGACUUUCCAAGAGUAGGGGGGAAAAAUUUCUGGGGUAAUGGUCACUUUAUAUUCAUGGCAAAAAACGUGCAGUCUGACAUUGUAGACAAUCUAGGGAGAUAAAACAUGUUGUCACAUUUUCUUCAUCCAUGUUGGUCUGUUUCUUACGCUCCCUUAUUCUUAUUUAUUUAGCAGUCUUCUGUGGACUUUAGACCUUACUAAUCAAAUUGUAAAUACUCUAAAAAAAAAUUUAAAAAAACAAUUGAGAAAAGAGUUAACAAUGGCAUUAGUGACUUGCGAUUGUAAAACCAGCAAUAAAUUGCAAUGCAGAGGCACCUGUUUUAAUGUAUAGCUAGUAUUUCUAAGGUUUCUCUGGAAACAGCCACAGUGAGAUGAUUGAUAUGCAUUUAUCCAACAUUCCAGAUUUUGUACAUAAUUACCUGUUUCUGAAGUAACCUGUGGAAAAUAAACUAAUGCUCUUUAA